AUGAUCAAAUACAAAGGUAAGAGCAAAUUAGAAAGUUGUGAUAUUGUCAUAGCCAGCGCCGGCCUCAGUCGUGCCUCUGAUGACGACCUGUGGCCUUUGGAUAUCAACGUCAGCUUGAUUGGCACAAAGCACAUAUGUAUGCAUGGAAACUGGCGGUUCCAUUAUUUCCACAAGCAACCUGAUACCGAAGUCAAGGACACAUUUGUUUUAUUGUCCCUGGCAGUAUGGUCUCAUGAUCAACUCGCUAGUGAGCUUCUUCCUGGACAGCAAAUGUACGGAUCAUAG